AUGCGAUUUCCUUACCAGUGGGCUCUAUUUGAUGCCACAAAUACGUGGAAACACCUGGAUUCCUCUUCACCCGUAGUCACAGCUCCUUCUCCUUCAGCUACAAUAACUGGAGAGAACGAGGACACGAAUGUCCAGGUGUUCAAAGGCAUUCCAUAUGCGAAGCCUCCCGUCGGCACCCUUCGUCUUCAGCCUCCCGAGCCAAUAACCACGGACUUGAGCACCGUCCAAGCAACGGACUACCCUGCAGCAUGUCCCCAGCAGGACAAAGCGGAGUCUAAAUGUGCUCCCUUGCCGCCCAAUGUUGCUUCUCUCCUGGGACCGACAACCCCGAACCCUCAAAGUAUCAGUGAGGAUUGUUUGACGUUGAAUAUAUGGCGGCCAGCAGAUGCUAAGUUAGAUUCAAAGCUCCCGGUCCUCUUCUGGAUCUAUGGCGGUAGUUUUGAAGUCGGAAGCUCCAUGGACCUUUCAGGGACGCCUAUUGUCAAUGAAGCCAUUAAGCAGUCUAUGCCAAUAAUAUUUGUUAGCGCCAAUUACCGUCUGGGUGGUUUUGGAUUUCUGCCCGGAAAAGAGGUGAAAGAUGCUGGAGUGAGCAACCUCGGUCUGCAGGACCAGCGUCAGGCGCUGAAAUGGGUGGCAGAUAAUAUUGAGUCUUUUGGUGGUGAUCCUGACAAAGUGACAAUCUGGGGUCAGUCUGCCGGUGCUCAUUCAGUCUUUCAUCAAAUGGCACUGUACAAUGGCGACAUCACAUAUAAUGAGAAACCCCUGUUCCGGGGAGGGAUCAUGAAUUCUGGCAAUACCUGGCCUGUCAAUCCGGUGGAUGGAACGAGAGGUCAAGAGGUAUAUGAGCAGGUUGUCGACACAGCUGGCUGCUCCUUGGCUAAUGAUACCUUGUCCUGUCUGCGUGACUUGCCCUAUGAGGACUUCCUUAAGGCUUCCAAUUCUGUCCCAAGUCGCUCGGGAUAUUAUGCUCUUUCUCUAUCCUAUUUGCCCCGACCGGAUGGCAAGGUGGUUACUGCUUCCCCUGAAGAAGCCGCUAGUACCGGAGCCUACGCCAAGGUACCAUUUAUUGUCGGGAAUCCGGAAGAUGAUGGAUCAGCAGUGGUAUUAAAUCUGACCAAUAUUACCACACAAAAAGAUGUGGGCGACUACCUCCGGAACUAUUACUUCUUGGACGCGAGCGAGGAGCAAAUCGACGAACUCGUUUCCAUCUACAAUGAUGAUGAUGAGUAUGGUGCACCAUUUCAUACACCAUCAUCAAAUUCGCUGUAUCCUCAAUCCAAGCGUCUGGCUGCUAUCCUGGGAGACGUCACCGUCCUCCAAACCAGACGGUUUAUUCUGUCCUACAACCAGGAGAACCGACCAGACAACGGAGCAUGGUCGUUCAUCUCAUCUAUCUUUAAGGGUAUUCCAUUUUUGGGCACCUUCCAUGGUAGCGAGUUGUAUAUUCGCGAGGUCAAUGAUAUGCUUGUGCAGAAUUUCCCGGACCUUUUUACUGGAGAUGCUGAACGUGUGAUGUCCUCGAUCUGGUCAUACUAUCUCUCUUUCAUAACUUAUCAGGACCCAAAUAAGAGCAAUCCUACUGUGCAGUGGCCGCAGUGGGGGGAGGGCAAGAACCUGAUGCAUUUUGGCCGGGAUGAAGAUGACAUCAUUGUGGAUGAUUUCCGAGCUAAUGCUACAAGUUUCAUCGUUGAGAACGUCGCUUCUUUACAUCUCUGA